AUGGCUGAGAGGAAGUCUUGUGUAGAAGAAUUCCUUCAAUUUGAGGAGAAGAUAUUGAAGCUACAGAACGACUUAGUGGCUUCCCAAGAAAAGGUAAAGAAGGCAGUAGAGGAGAAAGAGGCACUUUCCCUCAAAGUCUCCGAGCUCUCUUUUGCUUUGAAGAAGAAGGAUUCCAAGCUCUCCAAUGUUCAAGAAAAGAAAGAGUUUGAGCUUGCCGAGGCUGUUAAGGUUACUACUAUGGCAAAAGUGAAGGAAUACAAACACUCUUUUGAUUUUAAGAAGGAGAUGCUCGAGUAUUAUAAUAACGGCUUUGAGGACUUAAAAACUAGAGGCAUGCUUGCAUUUCCAAGCUUAACUUCUCAAGAAUCCAAUUUCAGGAUGAUCCUACCUCAAUCAUUAAGAAGGAAGGAGAGAAUGAAGAGGAGGCUGGUAAUGAGGCCACUAGCACAACUGUUGUGGAUCUUGAAGACCAGAUCAAUUCUAGGGUUGAGACGAAAGGCCAUACGAAGGACUUAG